AAAAGGGGAUAAGUCCCAUUUUUCCGAAAAUGGGGUUUUUGUGGCAAGUCAUUCACAGGACUAUUCCUCAGCUGUGUAGAAAGUUAUAAGUCAGAUGUUGUAUUCACAGCCUUCACAAUAGAAAGUGUGUCUUAUGGGAUAACUGAAUAUUGAAAUAAUUCUGUUAUGUAGAAGGGGUUAUGUCAGUGCAAAUAACUUACCUCCUUUUACAUGACCAGAGAAAGCUCCUGAUUUAUGUGUAAAAAGGGACAAGUUCAAAACGUAUUGACUUAUCUCCUUAUGCACUACUACGGUUUGUGUAAUCCUAGCCAAAGUCUCAAGACUAAACGCCUUAAUUCUCAGCCUGCAGCCACAUCCUCAUUAUUGUUUUGACGAGAUGUCACGUGCAGACAAGUUAUUAGAUAUCGUCUUUCAAGCAAAGAAUGAUCAGCAAGGCAGAGGGCAUCAUGGAACAUCAUCCCCUGAAAAGCUACGCCAGAAAGUUCUCCAAGUUCUACAUCCAGUAUCUACUUGGACCUGUGCAACAGAGGAGAUAUUCAGGGACACAGUUUGUCAGGAACUUGUACAGGUAUCAGAUGAACAAUUUGAGUUAAAAUGUAAUUCGCCAGUAAAUUCAUCAAUGGGGGCAGAUGAGAUGGCUCAUGCUUUAUCGAGUGAAGCUGCUACCGGAUUGGCUACUGUUGUAGAAGUAGAAGAA